GUUAGUAACAGUUCUGCGGUCUUUCACUAGUAAAGUCACAAUAGAAUUGCUGGGGGAAGUGAAUACGGAGUGUGUUUUCAUGUCAAGCUAAGACAGAACUGAAAAGCAGGGAGGCAGACACAGUCACCCUUAAUAUAUUCAGCACUAUUGUGUUGAGUCAAUGCAGCGUACUGAAAUGGGGAAUGUGGGGGAAAGAAAGAGUGGAGAGAGGAAGAAAGAAGACAAGGAGGGACACACAUGCUAUGAUGCGGUUAUGAGGACAUAUUGGGUCUCAUGGACCUCUAUCUUCAAGCCAGAUUCAUCAGGUUGUAUGUGAUUUUUAUCUAUUUGUGUUAGCUGGAAGUGCUCCUCUAGAAAUAUUUACAGCAACCAGAGACAAUCAUCAGAGCUUUGAAACUUGUUAUUCAACUUCUGUUUUUCAAAAGGCUGCACGUAAUGUGGUGAACAGACCCGUCGCAGACAGCAUCUCUCUCUGUCUGUGGUUAAAAGCCACAUCAUGCUCACAAGAGCAAUUUUUGAGUGCUGUUUAGUGUUUGUACCUGUCAAAUGGAAAAACACACAAGAAUACAUGCUGAAAAAAAACUUUAAUGAGACCACAAAAGAACUCUUGAGAGCUAUGAUGCAUCUUUCUAUGGCAGUUCUGGUGUUGUGACCAUUGUGGAAUUAUGGGUGAACGUGUGGGAAUAAGGCCUUCAUCACGACUGUGUGCCCUGGUGCUGGUCAUGAGCUUUGUGCCAGUGUGUCAAGCUUUUUUGCCCAACUUCUGGUCUAGUGUAUUGACAAUGUCCUGGGAUUCAUACACACAUCAGUAUAUGACUGAGCACGCUAUACUCAACAUCACCAUGGAAACCCUGAGCAGAAUGAAGGAACACCAACAAGAUGUAGAUAAUGAAGUUCUGUAUACUGGGUUAGGUCGAGGUUUUUGGCAUGCUGUGGGUGAGGUAGCAAGCGCCAAUGCUGCUAUGGACUUCCUAAACUCCACACGGUCUGAUCCAAUCUACCACUUUGACUCUGAGCGGGUGGAAGGAGCCACAGAGAUGCUGCGAGAUUUCUGGAGCCAGACACUGAUGCUGACCAGGGCUAAAGAGUACCAGGGGGCCAGACGCAGCCUCGGCCAGCUCUUUCACUCACUGCAGGACUUCUACAGUCACAGUAACUGGGUUGAGAUGGGUCAGCAAGCUGUAUACCUUCACCUGCUGAAUCCUAAAGACCCUGCAGUACCUGUGGCCUCAGAGGAUAUUCCUACAUGUGCAGAGUGCUACAGAUUCAGCUGUUAUAACAAUCUACUCAAUGAGCUGAUCCGGGGUAAGACAGAGCCGCUACUGACCACUGGCUAUUUCAGCACAUACCCACUCAAACCACCAGGCAAAUGCAGCCACGGUGGAAUUCUGGACAGCAGUCGUCACCAGGGAGCUGAGGGAGGCAUCAAUAAGGACAGCACCUCUCCUCUGUUCUCCCCUCAUCACUACCUCCAUAAAGAGGCUGCUUUUCUAGCAACCUCAGCAACCUUCAGAGUACUGAAAGACCUCUGUGAUGAGGUGGGGCCCAUGAGCUUCCUCAGGCUCUUCAGUGUCCAGCAGCUUCCAGCACUGGUCUUUGUCAUGGACACCACCGGCAGCAUGUUUGAGGAGAUCACAGCCGCCCGCCUCCGAGCCCUCUCCAUCAUUCAGGCCCGAGAAAAGAGGAGCAGCACUAGUCUGCCUGGCACCUUCAUUCUGGUGCCCUUCCAUGAUCCUGAUUUUGGGCCAGUGAUGGAGACGGAUAGCCCUCAUGAGUUCAUGCGGUAUAUGGAGGAUCUGACCGCUCUCGGAGGAGGAGAUGAACCAGAGAUGUGUCUCUCUGCCCUUCAGUUGGCUCUGACCCACAGCCCUCCGCUAUCAGAGAUUUUUGUGUUCACGGACGCCUCUCCUAAAGAUCAUCAUCUGCAAAGUUCAGUCCAAGCUCUCAUUUUAGAGAAGCAAACAAAGGUAAACUUCCUGCUGACAGAAGAUCCAAGCCUUAUAGCAAGAGGAAGAGGGAUGAGAAAGAGGAGGAGAACAGAAACUUUGUCUCCCGAUAGAUUCUCUCUAUAUUCCUCUCUGUCAUCUGUGUCUGGAGGAAUGACCAUCUUCACAUCAAACAAAGACAUCCAAAAAGUAUCAGCCAUUGUAGAAGACAUAACAACUUCCAGCAAGGUAUCUCUGCUUCACGCAGAGGGCAAGUUGGACUCACCGAACUCCUUUCGCGUGGACAAAGCUGUUACGAAAGUGAUGCUGCACAUCACAGGCCAGCACACACACUGUGAGCUUGUCAGCCCCUCAGGUGCUCGUCAGUCUUUUCCUGGUUCUGAAGGUCCAAUGGCAAAACUGGACUCAUCUCAGGGUCUGUACAGAAUAAGCCUGCUACCUCCUUUACAAAUAGGCAUAUGGCAGCUCAUGAUCAGAGCCAUUGGACCGGUUACAUUCAACGUCUUAGGUGACAGCAGUUUGGACUUCCUGUACUAUUUUGCAAAAGAGGCCAAUGAGACACAUCCAGGACUGAGGAAAAUAGAAGGCAGUCCUAUAGCAGGCAUCCCACUCUUUUUAGUGGUUGCGGUAACAGGCCUCUCACCCAAUGAGGAGGCCUUUAGUCAUGUGACCUUGUUGGGGCUCAGUGGAGAGAGCCUGCAGAAAGUGUUGCUGAAUUCAUCUUCUCACUGGUCUGGAAAUGAGUUAGUUGGCCAUAUGGACUCCGUUCCCAGAAUGCCAUUCAGCUUACGUCUCUCUGUGAAGGAUGGAAGGGGGAACCUGCUAGAAAGGGUUUCCUCUGAAAUGAUUCAACCAACACACGUACAGAUACAGGUCUACUCUCCUCCACACCUUCUCCCAGGUCGCACCUCUGCUGUGCUAUUUGAGGUAUUUAAUCAUGGCCCCAACUGUCCCUUCACGCUUUCAGCAGAAGAUGACCAUGGGUACCUUUCCCACAGAGACCAAUCCAGGCAAAGGUUGUUAAUUGCUGAGAUGGGCUCUGUGAAAAGGGAGGUUGAGAUAAGGGUCCCUCAUGAUGCUCAGACAGCCAGGGCCAUCACCCUGACCCUUACUGUCCAAGCAGAGGAUUCACCAGAAUCCAACUAUGCUGUGGUUCAUCUGACAGUGAUACCUGAGGAGCCUGAUACAUCUCCUCCUGAAUGUUCCGCCCUGGGUGUGGAGUCUGCCUGCCCCUCUGUAUGUGCUCUGGGUAUCUGGAAAGUCUCACUGGUAGCAAAAGACAGAGGCCACUCUGGACUGGCAUCUGUACAGCUGGCAAAAGGAGAAGGCACCCUCAUCCUGUCCGAGAUGAGUAGAGAGAGACGCCAAGACCAUUUCCAAUAUGUUCAUGAAGAAACUGCAGAAGCAGUCAACCUCCCUUUGUUACAACCACAGAAGAACACUACAGAGUCCAUGGAGUUUCACAUUAAUCAACAUCUUGAAACAGAAGUUAAACAUGGACCUCAAAGGCUGGAGGGUUUCCAGUUAGUCAGUGGGGAUCCUCCAUUGAACAUCAGUGAAUGGACAAUGGGUAAGCCUGUAAUGUUGAACUAUUCCUCAGGCUGCUGUGCCCCUCAGGCAGAGCUGGUGCUGUGGGACAGAGCGGGUAACAUGAGACGCUGCCAUCUCAUAGCCAGCCAGCAGAGGGCAUUAAAAGAAAACAACAGUACACACAGAGGGACAUAUAUAUCAUGGAUAGUUCUCAUGAUGUGGAUGCUGUGCUGUCAAUUAGCAUUGAGUGUAAUCUAGCUGAAAUGUAAUGACUUUUUAUUAUGCAACACUGUAUGAACACAAGCCAUUACUUGUAUUUAGUGUUUCAUAUGCAUUAAUAAUAAUUCACUGAAAAAACAGAAACUGACAAAUAACUCAGGGCUAAUUGUGCUUUUUUAUUUUGUGAAUUGCUAGUUCUUCACUGGAUUCUAUUAGAAUGGCAUGUAAAAUUCUAGCUUUACAUACCCAUUGUAGUAUCGAAAACAAAGUAAAAGAAGGCCUAAUAUAAUUCUUUCAUGUUUUUUUGAUUGAUAUAACACGUCAUACAGAGUGUUGUGCAUACUCCACUUUUUUAUAUACUGCACUGUCCUUACCUAAUGGACAUAUGUUGUUAAAAUUUACAAUAAUAAUAAUAAUGAAAGAUAUUAAAUUAAACAUGAGAUUCAGACAGCACAAUCAUACUGUCUUAAAGUUGCAGCACAAUGGUUCAUCUGAGUACAGUAAUACUGCUUGUCUUAGUUGUAUUUUUGUUGAACUUUUUUUUUUAGAUAUUAUUUAUAAAUAAAUAUAAA